AUGUCGACAGUAAAACAGAGCCCAAUUGCGCGUUCUACAGCAGCAUGGAACACGAAAAACCUGGGCAAGCGACUCGGUGUCGAUGUCGCCAGCGCAGCAACCGCAGGCGCGCUGACCUGUCCGUUGAUCACGAUAAUUGACCGUGCCAUCAUCGAGAAAGCAUCAAAAGGCUUCCCUAUCCAGCGAACAAUAACAAACUGCCUCAAGUCCAUGGUCUCCCGACCAAGCGGAUUCUUUCUCAGCACUCCAUUCCUCCUCAUCUAUACCCUGUACAGCUCGACCUACCUCACAGCAAAUGCAAUCGAUACACUCACCUCCACGAUGCGCAACCAGUCCUACGACACCGUAACACCGGGCCCCCUCAAAUUCAUCGCAACGACAACAGUCAACAUGGCAAUCUGCGUCUACAAAGACGCGCGCUUCGCCAAAAUCUUCGGCGCCUCUCCUCCAUCUCAACCGACAACCACAGCAACAGGCCAACCUCAACAACCACCCUCCGCUCUACGCGCCCCAGCUCCAGCACAGGCCCCAGCGCCUCCAUCAACAUGCCAUCCGCACGCAGCCCCCGGCUCGACGUUAACAAUCCCCAAAUCCUCCUACACUCUCUUCUGCCUCCGCGACAGCAUCACAAUCUUCGCAUCAUUCAACAUCCCAGCCCUCAUCGCACCCUCAAUACCGGAUUUCGUCGCCUCAACGCCCGGCAUGAAAUCUGCCCUCGCGCAGUUCUCUUGUCCUGCUCUCAUGCAGUUCGCGAGUACGCCCAUGCAUCUCCUCGGCUUGGAUUUGUUUAACCGUCAGCCUGCUGGUGGUCUACCCUGGACGGAUCGUGUGGCACGCAUUCGUCGGGACUAUGUCCCCGCCUGCUUUGCGCGUAUGGGCAAGAUUGUCCCUGCUUAUGGUAUUGGUGGUGUGGCCAAUGUCAGAUUGAGGGAUUAUUUGAUGAAGCGCGUUGAGAAUCGGGCUUGA